AUAAACUUGAAAUAUUCUUUCGUUUUGAUACAGUUUCGUAAACGGAGCCGAAAUGUCAGGGCAGAAAGAAAAUUACGCACGCGUUUCUUUCUUUUUGAAAGAUAUAAAAACAGACAAAAUAUACGCCGUGACGCCCAGCCAUGUUGCAAAUUUCAUUAACGACAAAGCUUCUAUUGAAACCAAAAACGGAAAGGUUGUUUUGGUGAAGCGAUUGAAGAGUGAUAAUGUACUUACCAAGGAAGACCUUGCAAUCAUUGAAGUGGAAUAUUGUGAUCUCAAAAAUAUUUCAAACAAAGUAGUUCUUGACUUUGAUACUCCAAGACAAAUUGCAAUUUAUAAUGGAACGAAAAACGAUAUAUAUGGAAAACCCGUUUUUAAAUGCGUAUAUUCUACUACCGAAAUCAAAACCGUUACAGAACAUACAGCUUAUAUCGCGUCACGUAACGAACACCGUGAACAAAGUUACCUAGAAGAUGAAAAUUUCUUCUUCAUUAAAAAUGAAGGAACACCGUUUUCGUGUCCAGGUGACAGCGGAGCUCCAGUCUGCUUUCAAAGUACGGAACAAAGCAGUGACGUAGUAGUUGUGGGAAUUAUUUCCGGGGGAGAUGACGAUUCCACCAACUGCCUGUACCUUCCCAGAGCAUUCGAAGGUCUUUGCAAUCGUUAUCCUGAGAAGCAAUUUCCCUAUUGAUUAACAACAAUAACUUUUCUUUUUUAAUACCAUGUGGAAGUAAACUGUUUAUUUAUUAUACACCAGAAUGCUUGGCGCCAGAAAGUUUUGAUCUGGCUCAGAGAGUGAAAAUAGACACAAGUUGGAAUUUGUUUCAGGUAAAAAAUGACCAAUCAAUAACAAUAAAUCCGUUCAAUUUAAAGGAGCUACGAAAGCGUGUUAACCAAAGAUUAAACCACGAAGACCUAGCAAUUUUUGAAAACGACGAUCCAAUUUUCUUGGCCUUGUACUUUAGAUUAUAUGCGUGCGAUUGCUUGUAUGACGGAAAACUUGACGAAGCCGAGUUGCGCUUGAAAAGAGCCCUGCGCUGUGCUGAAAAGGAUGCUUAUCUCAGUAUACAUUUCUUUCCAAAACUAUUAACAAUAAUAACGUGGUUUUUCCUUGAACAGAAUAAGCUGGACACAGUCAUUGAAACACUAGAUGUGUCUAUAGAUUUUGCAAUGGACCAUAAAGACCUGAGUGGUUUUCCUGUUGAAAUUUUGCCGUAUUUAUACUACGACUCUAGUCGUUGUUAUAGAGCCUUGUAUGAGAAAACGGCGAACGCCGUUAACCUUGUCGGUGCUGCAGCAUAUAAGCAUUCAGCUAUUCAGGACGGCCGUGUAGCAUCGAAUUUAAUAUCACAUAUUUACAUACAAAGUAGAUCCGAUGAACACUUGGACAGGUACAUAUUGAUUGCGUGUGAAUUUGCUGUGACACUUCUCGGAUGUGGUGAGGAAUUUGACCUCACAAAUCGGAAAAUACACAGAGACCAUUUACAAGAAGCUGAAGCUGUUCUCAGUGAUUUAUAUGAUCAUGUAUCGGACGUUCCAUUUGUUCAGCAAUUAGUUUACCAUCAGGCAAUGUGCGAUUUGAAUUUUCGAAAGCAAAACAUACACGAGGCUCAUCGUUUUGCCAAGAAAUUUGAGAAACUUGCAAAAGAAUCAAACAACAACGACAAACAUCUAGCAAUGAAGAGAGUUGAUUACAUGGAACAGAAAAUAAAACUCAUGAUUUAAAGUUUUCAUAUGAGUACAUGCACACCAAAUUGGGUAACUAUUUCAAACAUACCAUCCUCAUUUCGUGCAUCCGUCAUCACAAUGUUUUCCUAUAAAGGAAUAAUAUUUUCAUUUCAGUUAUUUUUGGUUGGGUUAAAAAAAAAUCGUUUAUUACCGAAAUUGUUUACUGUCGGUACUUUUUAGUUCAUGUACUGGGUAUCUCAGUAAAUAUACUAGAUUUUCAUUUUAAACCUGCCUUAA